GAGCGGCGGGCUGCGGAAGGACGCCUUGCUCUGGGUGCUGCUGGCCCCCGGAGGCGCCUCGGCUUGCGGGAAGAGCCUCCGGCAGGAGAGGCGCUACAUCUUCUUCAUGGAGCCCCUGCGGCGGGAGGAGGAGAAGGAGGAGGAGGAGGAGGCCCACGCCGCCCCGGCCCCCAUCAACGCCAGCACGGGAGCCUCCUGGCCCUGGUCCUCCUCGCCUGCCUCGCCCUCGCCUCUUCCUCCGCUGCUCUUCCGGGCCUCUUCCCCGCCCCUGGAGACCGGCAGGAGCGUCAAAGAGGAGGUCGGCAGGGCUCUCUGCGCCCGGGGAUGUGGAAGGGCCACUUCCGAAGGGCCAAGUCAGCAAAGCCUGGUAUCCUCAGAGACAAAUGGUGGCAGCAGCUACAACUCCAUUCCUCCUAAAUUGAAGGAGAUGAAAAGCCAGGAAUCUGCCGUGGGUCAGACACUAGUUCUCAGAUGUGAAGCCCGUUCUGAGCACACCUCUCUCAAAUUCAAAUGGUUAAAGAAUGGAAAAGAAAUAACAAAAAGAAACAGACCAGAAAAUAUCAAGAUCAAGAGUCCCAAAAAACAAAAGACAUUCUCAGAACUUCGCAUUUCUAGAGCUUCAUUGGCUGAUGCUGGAGAAUAUACAUGUAAAGCGAGCAACAAGUUUGGGAAUGACAGCACCAAAGCUCGGGUAAUCGUUACAGACAUCAACGAACCCACUGGCAUACCAGUUUUGACAAAAGGAGCAAAUGCAUCUUCACAACUUACAGACAAGAUUCCAGCCUCAACUGAAGGAACAAAUACUUCCUCGUCCACUUCUACAUCUACCACUGGGACAAGUCAUCUCACAAGAUGUGAUGUGAAUAAGAAAGGUUUCUGUGUAAAUGGUGGCGAGUGUUUCAUGGUCAAAGACUCCAAUCCAAGAUAUUUAUGCAGGUGCCCAAAUGAAUUUACUGGUGAUCGCUGUCAAAACUACGUAAUGGCCAGCUUCUACAAGCAUCUUGGGAUUGAAUUUAUGGAAGCUGAGGAACUCUACCAGAAAAGGGUGUUGACCAUAACUGGCAUCUGCAUUGCUCUCCUUGUAGUUGGCAUCAUGUGUGUUGUGGCCUACUGCAAAACCAAGAAACAGAGGAAAAAGUUGCAUGACCGUCUCCGGCAGGGCCUUCGCUCAGAACGUAACCACAGAGUCAACAUGGCAAAUGGGCCUCACCAUCCUCAUCCACCACCAGAAAAUGUCCAGUUGGUGAAUCAAUAUGUAUCCAAAAAUGUAAUAUCCAGUGAGCAUGCUGUUGAGAGAGAAACAGAGACGUCGUUUUCUACAAGCCACUACACCUCAACUACUCACCACUCUACCACCGUAACCCAGACACCGAGUCACAGUUGGAGUAAUGGUCGGACUGAAAGCAUCAUCUCUGAAAGUCAUUCAGCACUCAUGAGCUCCUCUGUUGAGAAUAGCCGGCAUGCAAGCCCCUCUGGUCACCGCGGGCGCCUCAAUGGCAUUGGAGGGCCACGAGAAAGCAAUACUUUCCUCAGGCAUGCAAGAGAGACACCCGACUCCUAUCGUGAUUCUCCACACAGUGAAAGGUAUGUAUCAGCUAUGACCACACCAGCCCGAAUGUCACCUGUAGAUUUCCACACUCCAAGUUCUCCAAAGUCACCUGCUUCAGAAAUGUCUCCACAAGUCUCCAGCUUAACCAUGUCUGUCCCUUCUGUGGCAGUCAGUCCAUUCAUAGAAGAGGAGAGGCCUCUCCUUCUGGUGACACCACCCCGAUUGCGGGAGAAAUAUGAGCAUCACAUACAGCAAUUCAACUCUUCUUACCACCACAACCCUGCCCAUGAAAGCAACAGUCUACCACCAAGUCCCCUGCGGAUAGUGGAAGAUGAGGAAUACGAAACCACACAGGAGUAUGAGCCAACACAAGAGCCCCCAAAGAAACUAGUCAAUAGUCGGAGGGCAAAAAGAACAAAACCCAAUGGCCACAUUUCCAACAGAUUGGAAAUAGACACCGACACAAGCUGUGAGAACAGUAGCUCAGAGAGUGAAACAGAAGAUGAAAGAAUAGGUGAAGAUACACCUUUUCUGAGCAUACAAAACCCCAUGGCAGCUGACCUAGAAUCAGCUUCUGUAUAUCGGAUGGCUGACACCAGGACUAACCAAAACAGCCGAUUCUCAACACAGGAAGAAUUGCAAGCCAGAUUGUCCAGUGUAAUAGCUAACCAAGAUCCCAUCCCUGUAUAAAAAACACUUUAAAACCCCACAUAGAUUCACAUGUAAAACUUUAUUUUAUAUAAUGAAGUACUCCACCUUUAAAUUAAAACAAUCUAUUUUAUUUUAGCAGUUCUGCUAUUAGGAUUAAGAAAAACACAGGAAAAAAACUUUUAUAAAUUAAAUAUAUAAUGUAUAUACAAAAGUGUUAUGUGCCAUAUGUAGCAAUUUUUUUACAGUAUUUCAAAAAUGAGAACAAUAUCAAUGGUGCCUUUAUGUUAUGUUAUGUUGAGAGCAAGUUUUGUAAAAGUUACAAGUGAUUGCUGUUCCUACGGUAUUUCGCCAAAAUCUCUGAACAUUCGGGGUUAUUUCUUCCUAACCUGUACCUGCCCGCCCUGCCCCUAUUCCUGGCUCAUUUUCUUUUUGUGCAUUGCAUUACUGGUGACUGGCUGUACAGUUUGCAAAAAUUGCAACAGUCCCUGUGUUUGCUUGUUGUACCCUGAUUCAAAAAAAAAAAGCCCUGUUUUUAUUUGCUUACCCUA